UACAUCAACACGCGAAGAUGACAAACCACUCAUAUUUUCGUAAAAUUCAACCCAAAACCAAACUUCAGAACCGGACUUGGCUCUGUCUCCGGCGAUUGAGCUCAUCAAAGGGCUUUGGGUGCUUUCAGUCAAGCGCUUUGACUAUUUACGAUUCGCCUGCCCCAGCUCCCUACUGAGUUAGUACUUACUUGGGGGUUUCAGGUUUGACAGUUUUUUUUAAUCCAACAUUGACAGUUAAGAACUUAAGACAACUUGUGGCCUCAUUUAAGUCAAACUAAUUCUUAAGAGUUUUGCGGUUGACCUCAUAAGGGAAGAAAUGCGCUUGCUCAUAUUAAUUUAACUGUGACUUUAUAGGCCAAUAAAUGAUCUUGCUCGUGUAAUUUUAACGUUUGACCAAGAACCUCUGAAGGGAAAAGGGACCACACUUGUAAAUGAGAAGAUAUUUUGGAGCAUCAUAUCUUUGGCAUGCAACUAUAUGCUAGAAAUACAAAAGAUUGUCUUCUGAUGGUGAGAACAAAGCAACACCUUGUGGCAACCCCUAGAAAUAAGAAUAUCACUCCAAGUGGCUACAUUGACUCAUCAAAAUCUGAUAAUGAUCUGGAUUUGCAAGGAGAAGGUGGUUGGGUGAUUGUGAAAAAGCAGAGGGUCACCAUUUUGGUGCCUCCUCUUCCUGCUGCAAAAAAGUUAAUAACUCAAAAGCCAGGACCAAGCCAGCCACAAGCCAUACCGAGAAAGACAACGAGUAACCAAAUAGAAGCUCCAAUUGAUAUAUGUCCCAGAAUAUUGUCAGUUGAUGAACGAGAGAAGUCCAUACCAUUGGCUCCAAGAAAGGGUAUUCAAAUUACAAGAAAAGUUCCUGCUCAAGAUUUGUCGACAUUAGCCAAGCCACUAAGGGUAGAUUCAAUAAUGGAAGCAGGGGGCUUGAGCAGGGUAGAUCAAGUUGGCACCUCAAAAACUGAUAAAAGAUUUGGGGUAUCUGAUACCUCAAAAGCUAUCAAGCGGCCUAGACUAUUACAUUGCCCAAGUGGCUUCUUCGAUGGAGGAAUGUUGGUGAGUCAAAGGCUGAGGGCAUCAAAUCUUGAGAGGAAUCUUCAAAAGGCUGGGGGCUUGAGUAGGUGGCUAGCAUCGCUCGGACUGAGUCAGUUUGUGAGGAUUUUUCAAAGGAAGAGUGUUAAUAAAUUUCAGUUGGUGAAUUUAACCAUGAAGAAGCUCAAAGAUAUGGGUGCAAAUGCAGUGGGGCCUAGGAGGAAACUGAUACAUGCUAUUGACUGUGUUUGCCAGCCCUACUAUUUUGAGGCCAUCUAAAAUGUCUCUGGGAUCUUGAAGCAAUUGGAAAAUAGGAAGAAAGACGCUAUUCAAACGCAGCAACCUAAUUGUCUUAGUCGAAGACAUGUCUGAACGGUUGGAUAUUUUAUGACAACUGGUUAGGAGAGAGAGAACAGAAAACAUACUUUGCUGCAAGUAGAAGAGGCGGUAACAUUUUGAACGUGAAAAUUGCUUGCCUUGUGUAUUUUAUGCACAUCUUUGCAAAUUACUAGAGUUUGUUAUACAGCAGCUGUUUCUUUUGUUCUAAUCUUUCUAAUCCCAGUUUAUUAAAUCAUAUUUGUAAA